CUUGUCAUUCUAUGUCUCGUAAAUAUACGUCCAUCUGUCAAUCGUAACAGCAUACUUCCUGACCGCUCAUAUGCGUAUGCGAACAAACGUUCUCAUUAAAAGGGUGGAAUCAUUUCAAGUAUGAUCGUAUUAUGUCGCAAAAAUUGGUGAAUUCGACGUUUGAGGAACAGAAAGGCGUUAGGCAAAUGAUCCAUCUGCGUGGAAGAGAAAGCUCCCCACAUUAUGUGUUUUUACACUCGGAUGAUGAAAGUAGCGCGGAUGAGGAUAACAUAUCUUUACAAACUAUCAAGCGAUCCCCAUCGUCACGUCGGAAAAUUCAGGUGAUCAACGUGCAAAUAAAACCUGAGGACACCUUGCAGGCAUUGGCCCUUCGAUACAGAUGCACUAUAUCUGAAUUGAAACGAAUUAAUAAAAUCGACAAAGAGAAUGAAAUAUAUGCUAAGCCUUAUAUUAAGGUUCCCGUGCAACCAUUUUCUAUUUUAACUGAGGCGUCACCCGAAAAUAAUCAAGGUGAUAAUGCUGUCGUCACGUCUGAACAAUGUCAGAAGGAAGCACCUGCAAGACUAGAAGAACAGUUGAUAGACUUGGCCGCCACGUCGACGAGUACGGACUCCUCGAACACAGAAAUUAAUACGAUCAUACUGAAUUCAGUAUGCGAACCUUUAUCAUCCUAUAACAGUGCCAAUACUCCUGAAAUUUCUCAAACAGAGCAUGAUGCGUUGCUUGGCGAUAAUGAAAAUACAGAGGCAGCUGCAUCCUGUGAAACAGACAUGUUCAAAUGUUCCGGCGAUAAUUGGGGAUUGUCCUGGACGCAAUUGCUUGUGUUUUCGUUGCUAUUAAGUUUCGCAGGGCCUAUUAUAUACAUACUUUAUAUAGCAGAGUAUUCAGUCAAAACAAAUAUAACUGUAAGCAAUUAAUAUUUCAUGUAAAGACAUUGUAAAAAUCAGGAUAAGAAUAUAUAUUUUGCACAUAUAUAUUUUUUAGUUGAAUAAAAAACUAAAUUUGCACAAUUUUUUUAAUUAUAUAAAAUUACUUUUUUAUGUAUUAUAAAGAUUUUUAAAUGCUUGCCACUAUUUUACUAACAGCUUGACUUCUCUUUACAAAUUUAUGCAGUUAUAAAUUUAUCUCUAUAUUAAGAAUAUAUUUUCUUAUCCUGUUUUUGUAUUGUAACAAUAACAUUUUAAAUUCUCAGAUUCAUCUUUUAUAUUGAAUGAGAUGUUAUUAAAGCUAGAACUAUUAUUAACGAAAUUAUAAAUUCUAAUAAUAAUAAAUUCUAAUUUAUAUAAUAAAAUAGAAUAAGAAAUAUUAAAAUUAUUACUUUUCAUAUAGAAAAAACUAUCAUGCUAUACCAAAUAUAAUUGUGAUAAAUUUUUGACAAAAAAUUGUGGAUUUAACAAAAAUAUGACUGAAUACUACUAAUGAAAUAUAAGAAAGAUCUAGAUAAGUGCCUUUAUAUCUCAACUAUAACUCUCUAUUGUUGAUCAAAAUAGUACAAAAUAAAUUUGUCAUACUUUUGUAAUUGAAAAAAUAUUUAAAUUAUUUACAUAAUACUGUAAAUUCAGUGAUAUUAAUAGUUAUGUAUUAUAUAGUUUGUUACGUAAAAGUUAUAACAUUUACACUUUAAUCUUAACACAAUUAUAGCAUAGCAAUCUUUUCUCCAAAAUAAAAUAUUUUUACGACAAUAACAUUUAUACCAAGCAAUAUAUAAAUUAUUUUUAUAUAUUAAAUAUUUCUUGUUAAAAAUAGCUGAAAUAUAUUUUUAAAAACUGAA